UUCUUCUGGAAUUACUACUACUACUACUACUACUACUACUACUACUACUACUACUACUACUGUCUUCACUGCUGCUGCUGCUGUUGCUGUGGUGGUCAGUUUUAUUUAUUUCAUUUUAUUUAUUCGUUAACCUUCUGCGAGAUAAACUAACUCCAGCUUACGUUGUGAUUUAUACGUUCGUUCACGCUUGCUCCAGCAGCUGGCGAUCCUGUGUGAUGCUGGCAAGAGAAACGCAUACUACACUAACUGGCAACGUCGCUCCUUCUGAUUUUCCUCCCACUACUCUACUCCCACCACGACCACCAUCGCGACCAAACACUGCCAAGUCAUUGUACUUUGCAGUUUGCCGUGUUUUUGUUUUCGGGUGCUUUGGCUAAUGCGGUGCUUGAGACGCUUUACUUUCUCAAGUCUUUGCAAAGGAUGCAUGCCCGGUGUUCAACAGCUGUACACUGAUGCCAAAAUAACAUCAUCAACAGCAACAGCACUUACAUCCCUAUCUUGAAAAUAACGACGCCAAAUUAUAUAACUGUACAGCAACAUCAAGAACACAGAAGCGUAUCAGACGUUUCGGGGAAACCAGGAAUCAAAAUGCACAAAAAGUAGACGAUGGGCUUCCUUAACAUGUCGAUAUGUUUACAACUCCUGACUGAAAAGCAUAUACUAGAGUUGUGUACCAACAUGGGGUAGCGAAAUUCAGGGAUCGCGGACAUGUUAACCAAAGUCGUUGAGGUGGGAGAUUUUCGAUAAACACCCACCAGGAAAAUUUCACGAUGCCUUUUCCCUGUUUAAAACCUCGUCGGUCUUCCAAGGUCUUCCCCGCACCGAACGCCAAUCUCGAUGUAGAUUUGGUGGAAGUUCGCAAAGGUCGGGUUUUGCGAAUACAACAUAUCAAUCCACGUAUGCGCAAUAAACAACUUCCGCAAGCAAAACAGAUCAAGAAUUCGUCACUUCCGCCUGUAGAACUUCGUGUGCCACGUGUCAAUUUCUACGGCAACAAAUGUAUCGUUGCCGAUCCUAAUGCAAACCAAAACAACGUUCGGAAUGGAUUCAGCAAGAUGUCUGCUUCCUCAAAUGCUCCAGGGGCUCAACACAAAAGACAUAUCCCAUAUGAUGGCAAGGCGAGGUCGAAUGUACUUUUCUCUGGAUUAUCCAAAGACCAAAAGAGAAUGCUUUUCAAAAUGGGUAUACGUUCAGCCUCGGCCUUGAAGAAUAUCGUUCUGUUCUUUUUUCAUGGCGUCGGUGGAAGUUCCGAUAUUUGGCAGACACAAAUCAGUUAUUUCUCCAGCCUCGGUUUCGAAAUUGUGGCUCCUGAUCUAAUCGGUCAUGGUAUGAGUGAAAUUCCAUUAAAAAAGAGAGCUUACCAUUUCCGAGAGAUUUUGGCCGAUGUCCUUGCAAUUUUUGACAGAUAUUGCAAAAAGAAAAAUUUAAUCAUCGGACAUUCAUAUGGAUGUGCUUUCACCACGGUACUGGCUCGUGAACGAGCCAGGCGUGUCUGGAGGCUUAUCAUGAUAAGUGGUGGUGGACCGAUUCCUCUAGCACCAGAAAUUGGGAUUUUUGCUCUGCCUUUAUGGAUUGUUUCCUGUAUCCGACCAUGCUUGGACCAGGUCUUUGAAAAGUCAGCUUUCAAGACCAAACAAAAAAACGAGAUGUUGAAGAGGGCUUCCUUUAACAUACCGUCUUUUGUUCUACAUUAUGUCAUCAAUGGUCAAGACUGGCCCGAAGGCGAUGAAGUCUAUCACAGUUGGAUUAGCGUCCCCACACUACUUAUAAACGGUCGAGAUGAUACUUUUGCCACAUUAGAGGAUGCUAAGCUAAUGAAAGCGACUAUCCACGGAUCGAAGCUGGAAAUAGUAGAUGAGGCUAGCCAUAUGGUUAUGUUGGAAGCACCGGACAAAGUGAAUAAACUUAUUUUGGAAUUUAUUUGCUCGCGUGGAUCACAUAAACUGCCAGAUGUAAAAGAAUUGGCUGAAGAAGGAAUAGAAACACCACAAAGAUCAGCGGUGAACGAGAAGCAGUUCGAGCCUUCACCGGAAGGUGAGGAACAAACACCAUCUCCUGAGGCUUACACGCACAAAUGGGCCUCGGUACAUACAGAAGCCACACCGAGGUGUGCGGAAGAAGAACAGGAGGAAGGAAGGAAACAUGAGGACGAAGAAGCAGAAGCAGAAGAAGAAGAAGAAGAAGAAGAAGAAGAAGAAGAAGAAGAAGGAGAAGAAGAAGAAGACGAAGAAGAAGAAGAAGAAGAAGAAGAAGAAGAAGAAGAAGAAGAAGGAGAAGACAAUGAAGAUGAAGUAAUUAUCACGAUUCCAUCUAAAACAAGUCCCAGUCAAAGGGAAGGAAACGCUGCGAGAUAUAGAUGCAGGUUAAAGAAAGGCGUUGUCACUGGUUACGACAAUGCUAGUUAUGAAUAUGAAGAAUCGGAAGGAGGUUAUUAUAUUUAUAAAGACCAAUAUGGUCAGAAUCAUUAUGUGAGUGCAGAAGAGUUCCACGAACUGUUUGAUAAAUCUAACAAGCAGGUAAAUAGUUCAAGCGAAACAAGGAGCGUAAACAAUAUUGAGGUAAAGAACAUGAAUAUACCGUCAUUUGAGGAUAUUAAUAUCUUUGAAAAUUGUAAAGAAUCUUAUGUUAAAGAAUCACAACUGAACAACCAAGAGACAAGUGGCACAUGUAAAAACAAAACCAAUGAUAUCAAUAUCUUACCGCACAAACUCUCGCAAAAUACAUUGAAGUCUUCAGACAAUAGACGGGAGGAGACACAUACUCUGUAUCCAAAGAGUUUGUCUUCUUUUGAUCGGAAAUGUAAAAACGGCGUGAAUAGACAAGAAGUAGACAUUAACAGUAAACACAGUCAUGGUAACCGUCCAGCAAACACCAAACCAUCUGUCACGUUAGCCUUGGGACGUCAACGGAGUGACUCACUUGACUAUCUUGGUGAAGAAGAAUUAAUUAUUAUCACCUCGGUUAAGGAGAAAGAAAAGAAUUGUAUGUUUUUGAAAGAUUCUUCCCAUGACACAGCGUCAAUGAAGAAUGUUUCGCAAAAUUCGAUUCUAAAUAAAAGAUCUGACUACAGUUCACUAAAUAAUUCGAAGUCAAACGAACAUAGUAAUUUGCCUGUUAAUGUUCAGGCAUUACAUUCAGAAUUAGUUCAAAAACUCAACAAAAAAUUAAAUCCACAGGAAAGAAAAGAUGAUCGGGAACCAAGCGUUGGAAUUAAAAAACCACACAGAAUGGACUCUAAUGAAGAGUCAGUUGUAAAUCGUAGUGCCUCUUUUUUGGAGUCUAGAAAGCUAAUGGAAGAACAUUUCUCAAAAUCAGCAUUCAGAAUGAGUAUGGGUGCUCGUCCAAUUAUACCACUUCCUGGAGCCCCAAUCUACCCUUACAAAUCAUCUCAAAUCUCCCCAGGGAGACACGAAAAUACUAAAUCAACUAGCCCAGAAUAUACUAAAGAUUCAAGAGACAAUAAUCGUAGAAAUUCCUCUUUAUGCUGUGCUGAGACAAGCAUUGUCACAAGCAGUCCGUCUUUCCUACAAUCAAAGAAAGCUAUUAAUGAACAUUUCAGUAAAAUUGGAUUAAGAAAUCCGCAGUUUUCAUCAACUCCUUUAUCUGAGUCCAAAAACUCACGAACUAGCUCCGGCAGCAACAUACCUCCGACAAUUAAUUCGAGAAAGGAAUCAAAAGACAUAAGAUUAUCACCAAAUAAAAUUCAACCUAAGCAAGAAAACACCAAUACAGACACACCCAAUAGUCCGUCCAAAACAAGUCUUAGUCUAAAUGAAUGGGCAGAACGUCAUUUGCAGACAAUAUCAGAAAUUGUUUUACCAGGUGGCAUGAAUUCCACAGAAGGCAGUCCACAAAUCAGCCCUAAAGCGUCUUCCCUAACAAGCGAUAAAGAAAGUAAAACUGAAAAACAAGUGAGUCUGAAAGGUUGGGCAGAAAAGCAUUUGAAAUUGAUUUCGGAAUUCAUAACUCCGCCAGUUACUCCAGUGAAAACUAAUUCUCGCAAAAACAGUGAAAGCUCUAAUGAUGAUAACGACAGUGAGAAAAUUGAAAAUAGACUUCCAUUAAGUCAAUGGGCAGAAAAACAUGUAAAAUUGAUCUCAGAAGGAAAGUCUGAUAUUAGUUCUUCUAGAAAUAUCCCUGUUGACACUUUAGAUAAUGUUAACAAUGUUCAAUUUGAAAAUGAUGCAAAUAAAACAUUAAAUGUAAGUGAGUGGGCAGAGAGACAUGCUCGAAGAGUUUCCAGUAUGGCUUCUAAUUCGCCAGUUGCUUCUGAACUCGAUGUCGAACGAACGAGAAUAGAAAAAAGAAAACAAGAACAGCAAUGUAUACAAAAUAAACUUAGUGUGAGUGAAUGGGCAGAGAGACAUGCACGAAAAAUUUCCAGCAUGACUUCUAAUGUGACAACUAAUCCUACACUUGAUUCCCCUCAAAAUAAUGAUGAAACAAAGAAAAAAUGUAAACCUACUUCAACUGUAAAAAUUGCAGAAAGUCAUAAUGGUAUCAAAAAUUGGGCUGAAAAACAUGUGAAUAUUAUUUCUGAAAUGAAUUCCAAUUUGAACUCUGGAUCAAGACGUAAUUCUGUCCAGAGGGAUAGUUUGUCAGGUGAAAAUACAUUUAAUUCUUCAAAAGUCAGUGAAGACCAUCCGAAGCUAGAACACAAAAAUGGGUCGCUAGCAUCAGAUACGCAAACUCCGUUUGCUGACACUAGAAUAUUAAACAUGAAUUUGCAAAUUAGCUCACCCAAUGAUGCACACUCACCAAAUCAUCAAGGGGAUGAGUCUAAGGAAGAUAAACUUGAAUUGCAAAAAUGUGAAGAAAACCAAAUAGAUACUCAUAGUAUUGGUGACCUUCCGGAAGAGACUGAAGAUAGUGAAAGUAAUUCUUCAAAAACAACUGAUAAAAAAGUCAUGGAUAAAGUUGAUAUUAAAUUCAAAGACGUAAUCGAUGAAACCGAUAAAAACGAAUUAAUUAUAGAGGAUAAACAAGCAGAUGUUAUUGACAGUGGCCACAAAGAAAGGGAAAGCGUAAAUGAUUCAGAACUAAAUCCAGAUGUACAUAACAAGAAGGAAGGAAUUGACUUUAUGGAAGCUAAAAGUUCAAGACAGAAACUACAAGACGCAAGUAGUGAUUGUUCUGAAAUUUGUGAAGUAGAUGAGAUACCACAUCUCAGCAAUACAGCCCUCAAUAGAUGGGCAGAAAGGCAUUUUGAAAAGAUUCUAGGUGCCCAUACACAAUCUGAGUCGCAAAAGCAAAUAUCAUCUCAAAUACAGCAAGAUAUUUUCGAAGGUGAUAAAAGACGAAACAGAAAUGCAGAUUUAGACAAAAAAGUCAAUGAACACAGGCGAUCUGAAAUCAUCUCUGAAUCUAGUCAAGCUGAAACAAUCCAAAAUAUUGACAAUAAAUCAAUGACUAAGAAAUCGGACACAAAACCUGAAUCAGAAUCUGACUCCGGUUCCGAUAUAUACUUUGAAUCUUGCUACGAGCAUUUUUCCGAAUCUCCAACAAAUUCUCAGACGAACGAUCUUUGUAGUCAGUCUUUUGUUAUUGAUACAGAUGAUAUGGUAAGUGCAGCAGAUAAUUCACUCACUUCAGAUAUAUUAGCUCAGAGGUUUGUUUUCGACGAUAAUAGCAAUGUAGUUGAUUCAGAUACUGACAUGAAUAGUGAUCAGUUUAACCUCGAGGAAAUUAGCGUAAAAAGUCACGAACCAGAUUCAUCAAUGACACACGACUCAAAUCAAAUAUUAAAAUAUGAAUCUUUCACAAAUCCACAGUCAUCCAAUUCUACUACUUCGGUUUUACGCUCAACGUGUGAGCAAUUAAACCUCAGUGAAAAUACAUUAGCUAGCAACAAACUACAAACAUUAGAUUCUGAAGACACUCAGUCACAGUUCCGCUUAAACAAAAAUUAUUCCAGUCCUACUUUACCCUCUACUCAUAUCGCGAGUCAUUCUCUUACGGAUGUCGAUAACUCAAACAUUCCACAACGAAAACAUAAAACCUCCUUUGACAGUAGCCUCAACAACUCGGUUUCUCCAAAGUGCCAAGCCAUAUCAUCGUCCAAUAAUAAUGAGGACAAAACUGACAUAAUACAAUGUCAAACACUCUCUUUGAGAGAAGAAAAUGUUCUCGAAACAGACAAUGACAAUAAUUUGAUCAACAAUUCUGAAAACAAGGUCAAAUUCGAUGAUGUAAAAAUGACUGCAGCCAUUACUGCGAGUCCCUCUGCAGUAGAAUGUUCAAUAAAACCAAUAACAACUAAUGAUGGUUUGCCAAGAUUGAAAUCUUUUCAUAUGAACGUACUAUGAAUGUCAAAAGAAACCUGCAACUGAAAUUUUAUAACAAGUUGUUUGUCUUCGCAAGCAUUUUUAAUUAAUAUUAUUAUCAGCUUAUUAUCAUCAUCAUCGUCGUCCUCUUCCACGUCCUCGUCGUCAUCUCCUCAUCGCCACCACCAUCGCCAUCAUCGUCGUCGUCGUCGUCAUCAACAACAUCAUCAUCAUCACCGUCGUCGUCGUCGUCAUCGUCGUCGCUGUUGUUAUUGUUUAUUAUAUAUUUAUGUAAUUAUUGUGUGGUGGGUUGGCAGACACGUUAGACCCUUGCGGUAUUUAAGUGCUCAACUCUACGUUCUGAGUUUAAAUCUCGCCGAGGUUAACUUUGCUUUUCAUCCCUCUCAACUCGAUAAAAUAAAGUAUAGCAGGCAAAUAUCGAGGUCGAUUUAACAGAUUAAACACCCUGACCCCAAAUUCCUGGCUUUGUGCGAAUUGUAGAAAUAUUAUUUUAUUGCAAUCAACGCUACACUAUUUCCAAAAGUAUUCUUAUUGUUAGAAUUAUAUUAUAAAUAUAUCAACAUUCCAUGUACAUAUACCCAAGUAGUAGUAGUAGUAGUCGUUAUCAUUAUCAUUUAUUUAUUUAUCAAAUGGGCGAUGAAUCGAGGAACAGUAUAGGGACAAAUUAAGUGAGAGAGAGUCUUUUAGAGAACCAUGUAUGAGAAAACACCAAUAAAAGGAGAAAUAAAAGUAAAGCACAUCCUAAUGAAGAAACAAUCGUCGGUAGGAAGAAUCAGGGGAAUCCCACAGGUGCAGGACUAGACUUAAUAUCAAAAUCAAAUGCCUUCUUUCAGCUAUUAUUCUUCAACUUACAGACGAAUGCUAAGAGUAGGCCUAUUCACACGGUUCAUAACCUCUACUUCCUUUUACCUUUCAGUAAAUAUUCUAGAAAGGAAGUACAGCACGUUACUCCCUAUUAUCACUUUCUUCUUGAAUUAAAACAUGAAGAAAUUGGUAGAGGAUUAGUCAAAGAGGAAAGGAAAGUAUUUUUAGUUAUGUUCACCACAAAACCACUUUCGUCAUUUCCACCAGAAAUACGAAACACUGCUUUCCUCUCAGCUGCCAAAAUAUCAGCAAACAAGUCCGGCUUGUUUACGUAAAGUUCAUCUGCCAGAACGUCCUAAAUUUUGACCUUUCAAUAACCGUUUUGUGGACACCAUAACUUUGAGUGUUUUUGAAGAUAACUACCUAGUGACCUGGGGACGUAAAGCAAGCAACGCUGCUUCACAGCUAGCACUAACGUGAAUUUAUAUAAUCUUGUUUUAGUGUAGCCAUAUUAGACGAAAAAGUGUAAAGGUAGUAUCCUUUUUAUUUGGGAUAGAUGGGGUAAUCUGGUUUCCGGAGAUUUCCAAAGGUUCCUUUCAGAAUUUUGUGAGUUACUUUCACUUUCAAAUCCUUCAAAACACCUGUAAUCGUAUUCAGCAAAUGUUUGUAAACCGCUAGCUUUUGUUCUACUCAAAUAUUUAGCGAAUGUUGCUCUUGAGACAAUCUCGUCGAUACCAUCGUCUUGCAUUGCUAUAUCUUUAUAUCUUGGUCUACAUACGUCAUCACUUCAACGAUCUUCUUUUUUAGAGCUUUUGAAUAUUUAUGUUGCUGCUUUUGUUUUUGAUGGUUUGGAGUUUAGUUCAUGUUUAUGUUGUUUUGUUGCUGUAAUUGUGGUAGAUGAGUGAUUGGCGGGUUCUUUAAUGCCUGUCCAGUCUUCCAACUUUCAAUGUUCCACAACGUUUUGCCUUCAUCAUUCUAUUGGAAUAUGAGCUUUUAAAUGACUUUAAAAAUGGAGCAAUUCUCUUUUUCACUACGCAUUGACUUCUGCAACAAAGUAUGUACCAAAAGUUUUUACAAAGCAUAAGUGAAGUACAAUUUGGUUAGUCGUUGCCACACACGUAUGAUGAUGAUGAUGAUGAUGAUGAUGUGAUGAUGAUGUCUUUUGUUCUUUUUUAUUAUAAUGAUUUAAUAAUGAUUAUAAUAAUUUUGAAAGUAGAAACAAUAUGUCAAUAGAAGUUUUGGAAAAUAUAUAAAAUCUUCAAGCAAAUGCAAUAUCAAAACGCCAGCAUUUACAAAUAUGUUCAACAUGCAGAAAAUAACACGAGUAGACACAUUGCAAUAAAAAGCUGCAAUACCAAAAUAACACAUUGCAUAUAAGCAAAGUAGACGAAUAAGUAGCGCAAAUAGGCAUUAGAAAUAAGCUACAAGGAAAUCAGUUGCUUGUUAAUGAUGAUGAUGAUGAUGAUGAUGGUGAUGGUGAUGAUGAUGAUGGUGGUAGUGGUGGCGGUGGUGAUAUGCAUGACGAUGGUGAUGAUGAUAUUCAUAAUGAUGAUGAACUUUGGAUAAGAUGGUAGAAGCAGUACCAUUUACUUCUAAAAGAAAGAAGCCAGUGAUUCAAGCAUAAUGGAUUAAUACAAAUCUUUAUUGUCAAAAAUGUAUCUAUUUAUUUAAAUAUUUAUUCCUGAAAUUACACACACACGCACACCUAUAUAUUCAUGGUCACAAGCAGACGUGCGUACGUACGUACGUACAUACAUACAUACAUACAUACA